AUGGUUUUAGCACCAUGCAUCAUUUCGUUUGCUCUGGGUCUUCUAUGCAUUGAUAUGUUUUGCGAUCAUUACUCCCUUCUGCCGUCACCGCUUAAUUCAUUCCAAUUGAAUACAUGUGUUUCCUAUUAUGAAAAUGCUUUUCAUCAACCAUGGUACACAUCACUGGUUACACUAGUACCGAUGCUCAUAGGUGCAGUGAUCAUGCUUAAAAAUAUGAUGCGAUCAACUUAUGAUAUGCUAAGUGUACCCGUAUUCAUAGCAGUCGUGGGCAUUUUUCUGUUAAGAAUACAAAAAUAUAUUCAAUUAUUAGCAAGUGAUGCUCAAGCGACUAAUGCAACAAAAGAAGGCUAUUUGAAACACAUAGCAUAUGAUCAUUCCAUAAUAGGAGCAUUAUUGAUUUUACUAUUGAUAUUACAAAUAUUAGCAGGAAAAACCGCUAAAGUAUCAACCAAGAAAAAAAUGUAA